CGUUCAAGCUAAGGUAUGGUAAGGUUGGCAGCACUGUCAGCGAUUGAACGACUCCGAUACACGCUCUCUUCUUCUAUAUCCAAAAUGGAUCAACAAAUUGCAGCGGUGCCCGACAGCGAGCAUUAUUUUGAAGGCGUUGAGAAGUUGUUGGAAGUCUGGUUUGACGAAAGUACAAUUCCGACAGGAGAUUUGCGCAAUAUAACACGACAGCAGUGGGAGAAUCUGCUGUGCCACGUGAAAUGUGAAAUAAUCAGCUUCAAACGAAAUGAUUAUAUCGAUGCAUUCCUAUUGAGCGAGAGCAGCAUGUUUGUCUCCCGGCGACGAUGGAUUCUGAAAACCUGUGGGACAACGACUCCCCUCAAGUGCCUGGAACAGCUAUUGGAUCUGGCCAAGGUCGAGGGUUAUGCCGUAGUCAGCGAUAUAUUCUAUUCGCGUAAGAACUUCACCCGACCGGAAGUACAGAAUUCGCCGCACAAGGGGUUCUAUGAGGAAGUGACUUACUUGGAUUCCAUAUUUCCCGAGGGCAGAUCCUAUUGUUUGGGCUCGAUCAAUCUCGAGUGUUGGUAUCUGUACACGUUUAGCAAACCGGAAGUGAAGGCUCUGCCGGAUAUUAUCGCUGAGGUGGAUAACAACAAGGAUGCAGAUGCAGAUGUGGAUCAGGAUCCAGAGCCGGAUCAAACCAUUGAGAUUCUUAUGCAGAAUCUCGAUAAAGACAUCAUGGCAUUGUUUAGCAAAGAUAAGGUCUCCAAUGGACCCGAUGCUACCCAGAGUUCCGGCAUUGAUCGAAUCCUGCCGGACAUGCUCAUCGAUGACUUCCUGUUCGAUCCGUGCGGCUAUUCGAUGAAUGGCAUCAACAAGAAGGGCGAAUACAUGACCAUUCACAUCACGCCCGAGGAGAAAUUCUCGUACGUGAGCUUCGAGAGCAACGUGGCCCUCAAUAACUAUACGCGACUGAUCAAUCAGGUGAUCAAGACCUUCAAGCCGGGCACUUUCAUUGUGACCAUCUUUGCGAACAAAUCCUCCCUGGCAUAUGAGACAAUGAAGGAGCUGGAGAUUGAAUAUUCCACAUUGUCCAAUUGGAAACGCACCGACAUGCAAUGCUGCAAUUUCCCAUCCUAUAAUCUUCUCUUUGCCCAAUACUGCCGGGGCACCAAAUCCACCUAGAAAUACACAUAAUACUGCAACAGGGUCAGCUGCAAUUCCAAUUCCAAAAAUUCUAUGUUAAUAAAUAUUCGUUGUUAUUCGUUUGAUAAA